CCUGCGUCCCGUUGUGUCAUGUGAUCCGGGAGCGCAGGAGGCCGGUGGCAGAGGAGGAAGAGACUCGCUGCGGGGUCUGGGGCCCGAGUGGACAGCUGGCGGGAUGGAGGCUACCUUGGAGCAGCACUUGGAGGACACAAUGAAGAAUCCAUCCAUCGUUGGAGUCUUGUGCACAGAUUCACAAGGACUCAACCUGGGCUGCCGUGGGACUCUCUCAGAUGAGCACGCUGGAGUGAUAUCUGUUCUAGCCCAGCAAGCAGCUAAGCUAACCUCAGACCCCACUGAUAUUCCUGUGGUGUGUCUAGAAUCAGAUAAUGGGAACAUAAUGAUUCAGAAACAUGAUGGCAUCACAGUGGCCGUGCACAAAAUGGCUUCUUGACAUCUCACAUCAGUUUUCCAGCAACCUGUCAUAGGGACUCAAUCCCACCUGUGUUAAUUAUCGUACAGACUGUUGAAGUUUAAGUAGUUAGGCCAUUCAUUUAAUGUGCAUUGUGUACUUCUCUCUUGGUUUUAGAACAAACUGCUUUUUAACACUAUGGACUGACUUAUCAAAAUAUUAACAAAGGAUCACGUUUGGAAGCAGCAGGUCCAGGUCUCUUUGUAUAUAGAAUUUUCUUAUGUUCAAUAAAUUUGGUUGGAAGAAA